AUGGAAACGUCGAGACGCCUGUCCAGCGGCCAGAAUAUCGACGUGGCGCGUCCUCAGCCGCAAGCGCCUCACCGGGCGUUCAUCAAUCUAGCGGAGAGGAUGCUUCACCCCGACCCCAACCCCAACACCAGCACCAGCACCAGCACCAGCACCAGCAUCUCCGCCAACCCUAGGACCAGGGUAAAGAUCGCGAUGCCAGCCGGCCGCCCUCCUCCCCGACCAUCCCAGGGACAGGCCAGCUCUUCGCUUCAGUCUCAGGGUGACGCUCGUAGCAGUCUUGCGGCACAGUCCAAGCCGCAGCGUUUCUCGAUGGCUCGUCGCGGUCUUGGUCCUACUUGCACGCACACGACUAUGACCCGUAUCUACAGCAUCGAUCUCCGUUGUGAUUCGUGCCAUCAAGUCGGAGCUUUCGGCUGGCUGUACCGCUGCACUCAGGAUCGAGAGGAGCUCAUCUGCCAGAUGCUGGCUGUUGGAAGCAAGGCCACAUUCGACGAAACUGGCGAUGUGCUGGCAACGCAAGUCAAGCCGCGGUUACGAGGUCCCGAGGCACGGGCAGACAAGCUGAGCUUCUUCAACGAGAUUACUUCUGAGCAAUUGCAAACCUACUCGGCCGAACAGGUUGCGGCCAUUUUACGCCAGCGUGAGCAUGUCCAGAAUGUUAUCAAAGACGAACUAGCGAGGCACAGGGAAGACAGAGCAGAAAAGACACGACUUUUCGGAGAGUUGCGUCAGAAGACCGGUGAACAUGUUCUCCCGGAAGUCGCCAGGAUCGAUCGUUGGGAUGAGCUCCAGAAAAUGAAACCAUGGGUCCCGCGCCCUGAAGAUGAGUGCCAGUUCAAGGUAUGCCCAGCUUGCCGAGAGACAGGGGCGGAGCGCGCGUCCAUCAGCCUCGAAGGCGUUCUCAACGGUGAUAUCCCUGCCACGGCUGCCACAGGCUACGGCUUUCACGUCUUCGACCGACGACCGGUGUAUGAUGCCGCUUUUGUGGCCAAAUUGGGCGAACACGCCAGCCGCCGUCAGGCCCCUGUUGUUACCACGGAUUCUGAAGCAUUCGCUAUGCCCUCUGAGCGUGACGACUCGACGACCACUUCUAUGUCGAGCAACGCUAGCAGCACGGACGAUCAACUGCCCGACACGAGCGGCCGCGUGUCGUGGAAUAAAAGAGGCUGGAAUUCGCAGGGGGGCGUAUCUACUGUGUACCAGGCAGCGGCCCAAGCUGCCGCCGCUUGUGUCAACAAGGGACACCUUCCUCGAUCACCUGGGUCUCCAGACCUCUCUCAUCUCACGGAUGUGGAAACCUUUCUGGAGAAAACGACCGAGAUGGAGAAGCGCGAGUCGGAGGAGGGCAAAUUCGGUGACAAGCCACUCGAAGUGGACAAGGGAGUUGCACUCUCGGAAGAAAGCGUCGAACUGCAUAUUCCAGAUGUGCUUACUCAAGUCUAGGAGAGUGUGGAACCAACAGCGACGACGGCGAUUAUUAGGGCCAGUCUUGGACUGCUUGCGAC